AUUUGUGAACGUGUCGAGUCCUGGGACGGAUACAUUUCUGGGGCUUUAGACGACUUUAGAUAUGACAUGCUUUUAGCGUCAGAUGCGCAAGUGAGAGGAGUUGGUUUUGUACAUGGUUUUCAGGAGUGAUGGCGUUGCUUCAGCUUCAAUCCGUCAAUGGGUUGUUUCACAGCACAAAGGAGGGCCCACUACUUGCUCAGAGAAGAAGUGCAAGAGCUCGAAGAUGCCUCUGCUUGCAGACUCAGGCCCCUCCCUCCAGAACUCAGAGGAUAAUGGAGAGUAUAUCAGUGAGUGGGGAAGUUGGUGGUGCUGGUGGUUCAUAUUCAUACAGUGCCUUGAAGAGGCUGGACCAAGUUUGGUCUACUAUUUGCUCUGCUCGAACAGUUGUGGAAGAACCAAAGAAAGUGGUUUCGAGCAUUCCUGGACUCUUUAGCAAUUCUGAUCUGGCUAACAAAGCGGUUGAUACAUUUGAUGUGUUAAUCUGUGGUGGAACUUUGGGAAUCUUCAUUGCUACAGCCUUGUGCGCCAAAGGUCUUCGAGUAGGGAUUGUCGAAAGAAAUGUACUAAAGGGGAGGGAACAGGAAUGGAAUAUCUCAAGGAAAGAGCUCAUGGAACUUGUAGAAAUCGGAGUUCUGUUAGAAGGUGACAUUGAGCAAGUUACUGCGGCUAAAUUCAACCCUAACAGAUGCGGCUUUGAGGGGAAGGGUGAUAUCUGGGUUGAAGAUAUUCUCAAUCUAGGUGUUUCGCCAGCGAAGCUUAUAGAGGUUGUGAAGAAUCGUUUUACUUCUCUAGGUGGAGUCAUGUUUGAAGGCUACAGUGUGUCCGGCGUCAGCAUUUAUGAAGAUGCAGCUGUCCUACAACUCAAUGAGGAAAAGAUUUUGUCGUCUCGUCUCAUAAUUGAUGCAAUGGGGAAUUUCUCUCCAAUUGUAAAACAGAUAAGAUCCGGAAGGAAGCCAGAUGGAGUUUGCGUCGUUGUUGGAUCCUGUGCUCGUGGAUUUACGAAUAACUCUACCAGUGAUGUUAUAUAUAGCAGUUCAUUGGCAAGGAAGGUCGGGAGCUCAGAAGCCCAACUCUUUUGGGAGGCAUUUCCAGCUGGUUCAGGUCCUACAGAUCGCACAACUUAUAUGUUCACUUAUCUUGCUCCUCAACCCCAAUCGCCAAAGAUAGAGGAACUGUUAGAAGAAUAUUGGAAAUUGAUGCCAGAGUAUCAGGAAGUCUCUCUUGAUGACUUGGAGAUACAGAGGGUGCUAUAUGGUAUUUUUCCUACAUAUCGUGACAGCCCGCUGCCAGCAGCUUUUAAUCGGGUUUUACAGUUUGGUGAUGCUAGCGGAAUACAAUCACCUGUUUCAUUUGGUGGUUUUGGAAGCUUGACUAGGCACCUCAACAGGUUGUCAAACGGAAUAUAUGAAGCAAUGAGCGACAAUCUUCUUGACUCGUACAACUUGUCGCUUCUGAACCCUUACAUGCCCAACUUAAGUUCUUCAUGGUUGUUUCAAAGAGCAAUGUCUGCAAAGAAAGAGUCUAAUGUUCCGCCAGAUUUCAUCAAUGAGCUCCUUUACACCAAUUUUCAAAGCAUGCAGAGGCUCGGGGAUCCAGUCCUAAGACCAUUUCUUCAGGAUGUUGUACAAUUUGGACCUCUUGCCAAGACAUUAGGCCUAGUCAUGUUAACUAAACCUCAAAUCAUUCCAUCAAUCUUCAAGCAGGUUGGAAUUCCUGUGCUUCUUGACUGGUCUGGACAUUUUUUCAUGCUGGGGUACUACACGUUUCUCUCAACUUUUGCUGACCCUGUAGUAAGGUCUUUUUUAAGUACACUUCCCACCCAGGCGAAGUACGAGUGGAAGCGACGUCUUGAGGCUUGGAAAUAUGGCGCAGGUUUAGAUUACAAGUCAUGAGGAACGGGAAUCAGUGAGCAGCUGCAUUUGGACGAGUACCUGGUUUCUUCAGUUCGGAGGGCCGGCCGCGAUAAGGGGGGACGGAUUCCUGCCAAAAAUCUGUAAUAUAUUCGGCCGGAAACAACAACCGGGCGUGGAACAAAGAAGACUGAAAAUUAAAAGAAAAAACCUUAGGGGUAAUGGACACAUUAUUCACACUGACUGUAAUGUACUCAAUCAUGUGUUGAAUAAUUCCUGUAUUCAUAUCAAAUAAGAGUAUUUAACCGGCAUCA